AUGUUGGGUUCAAGCAGUAACAACAACGAUAAUGCACUUGGGGGAUUAUUGACACACUUUCAGUGCCCGGUUUUAAAUUCUACAAAUUACCCAGUUUGGGCUAUUCGUUUCAAAACUAUUUUAGAAACAAACGGUAUAUGGGAAAUUAUAGAACCAGGCACUGGAACCGAUGUGAAGAAAAACAAGGCCGCGAUGGCAUAUAUAUUUCAAGCGUUAUCAGAAGAUCUAGUUUUACAAGUUGCAAGUUGUAAGACCGCAAAAGAAGUGUGGGAUGCACUUAAGACAAGAUAUGUUGGAGAAGAUCGAGUACAAAAGGCAAGAUUGCAAACACUCAAAUCGGAGUUUGAUUUGCAAAUGAACGAGGAAGAGACAAUCAAUGCAUUUACCGCGAAGAUAAAUGAGAUUGUCACUAAGGCAGCAAAUUUGGGUUCAACAUUUGAUCAACCAAGUUUAGUACAAAAACUUUUGAAUUCCGUACCAGAUAGGUUUAUACAAAUUGUUGCAUCCAUCGAGCAACACUGCGAUCUUGACGAAAUGGCGCUAGAUGACGCGAUAGGAAGAUUGAAGGCUUUCGAGGAGAGAACAAAGUUUAAGAAGAAUAAAGAAAGCGACAAUCAAAACAAGUUAUUGUUGACACGUCACAACAAUAAUAUUAAUCAAGGAAGGCGUUUUGGGAAACGUGGACAAGAUUCGUCGAGAGGACGAGGCAGAGGGAAAUAUAAAGGCGAAGGACACAACUCAGAAGAUUUAGAAGGAAACGACAACAAACCGCGAAGGAAUGUUGAUAAGUCGCAGAUAGAUUGCUACAAGUGUGGAAGCACCAUAGUUUCUCCAUCAAAGUCUUGA